AUGAUCGGUCUGUCGCAUGACUCUCCCCCGGCACUGGUCACCUACAUCUGCGACGAGUGCUCCUUGGGAAACUACCAAAACAAGCGUCUCGUCUGCGGCGGCAAGGGAAUCUUCGACGCCUUCCACUGCUUCGAAUGUAACUGGCUCAAGAAGGAUCGCGAUCGGUGUCCGAAGAUGAUAAAUCUGAGGAGCAGC